UUGUAUCCAAUGCCUGAAGUAUGUGCUGGUGUGUUUUCGCAUCUCUUGUAUACGAUGCGUGGUAUCGUUUUUAAACGACUGCAUUUGACACCACCUCCUCCUGUAAAUGAACGAAAACUUCACUUAUUUUUUGCUGAACGCAACGAGCUAUCCCGAAUGCCAUCAAACUACUACAGUUUGAAGGAAAAAAUAAUUCUUGAAUAUAACGAUGUGUUUACAUUUAGUGAUAAUGCUGUUGAUAUGAAUGUAUCAGAGCAGGUUCGAGCCUUUUACCGUGCAGACAUUGUUUUGGGU